AUGAAGCACUGCCCAUUGAUAUCUUCCUCCAAAAUGGCCGCCCCGGAGAAGACAGAUGUGCCAGCUCCGGGUAGCCCACACUGGUUAUGUAACCUCACCCCCACGCCUGCCCACGCCGUCAUUCUUUCUCCUCCUCUUAAUUACUACAGCGCAGGAUUUUGCUCCAGCUCACAAAGCCAGUUCAACUUAGCAGUGAUUGCAAAAGAACAUUCCAGAGUUCAUCUCUGCCUCGGAUUGGUCCCCAGGAAGCCCUGA